AUGCCGUUGAUAGUUGAUGGUAAGACUGAGGACUCGCGAUUUCGUUCAUCCGCUGAUUUUGCCAAAAAGUAUCCGCAUUUCAAGGAAAUUGCCGAGGAAUUUUGUAAGAAGCCCAUCAGAAAAACUGGAAGUGGAGGUCUUCUUUAUGUCACUCAAGGAGAAUUUGCAACUGUUGCACGUGAUGAUGAAAAUGUUACUGUUAUUGGGUCGGAAGAUGCGACAACUUGCCAUAUAAUCGUUUUACAGAACACAUCAUCUGGUGUGACUAGUUUAGGACACUUUGAUGGCCAUGAUACAUGCAAUGGAAUUAAGAACAUGAUUUCGUCUGUCAAGUCCAGCUCCCCAGACCACAAAAGUGGACAGAUACUACUACAUCUGUUUGGGGGAUUUUUAGAUGACAGAGGGACUUCUAACAAUCUUACAACUUCCAUAUUGGAAGUUAUACAGAGUCAGGGUGAACCCAUUCACUUGAGUUCUGCCUGUGUGACAGAAUUUAAUGAUACAGUAGAAGUGGGUUUACACAAACCCUGCACUUAUGGAGUCGGUGUUACUGUCCAAGAUGGUCACAUUUUUCCGGCAACUUUUCUAGACAAAGGACCAGAUGAGUUCAUAAGGCAUGCUCGAACCUUCACCGCGGCAGAAAACAUGGUAGAAAUUUACAACUCUUCCUACAAAGAACUGCGGAUCACGCCAUAUGAAUACAAAAAUGAUGUUAUUAUACCCUAUAUUCCAUUCUUUUUGAAGGCAUCUGACGAGUUCAUACUUGAGAAUCUAUCCACAUCACCACAUUGUGAACCCCCUGACUUUGUAGCUACUAUAAAAGGAACUUUGAAACAUAUUUUAUCUCACCCAAAACCUUUAGUGACUGUGUUUCCUCAAGGAAGGCCACGCAUUUAUAAACGCCAACCAGGAAAUGAAUGUUGGGCUGCAGCUGUUGAUGGUUAAAAAAGCAAGGGUACCUCUUACAUACAAGUUCAGAAACUGCUGAAUCAGUCUUAAAUAUGAUAAUUUAAAUGGAAACUGAAAUUUGCUUGAAGGAAAUGCAACAUUGUUGCACAAAAGGAGUUUUAUGAGUUUCUCCCUUCUUUCAUCUUUAAAAACCACAUGCCACUUGUAUGUGGCUCGCACACUUUGUUAACCAUCCUUAAACAGUCCUCUUAUAAUACCGUAAAAUUCCGAAAAUAAGCCCCUCCAAGGCCCCCAAACCAGUAAUGCAAAAAACCCUCUGUUAAAUCGCCCUCCAAAUGUAAGCCCCCUGGGGACUUGUACUUGGAAAGUUGCCCUCAAAUAUAUAGUGAAACAAGGCAAAAAUGGUAGAUUUAUUCCCAGCUAUAAGGCUAGCACAAUCGAUUUUGGAACGCAAAUUUCCCUCGGUAGAUAAGCCCCUCCGAAUAUAAGCCCCUCAAAAAGGGCCUUUGAAAAAUAUAAGCCCCAGUGCUUAUUUUCGGAAUUUUACGGUAUGUUAAACCAUAUUCUUUCAUGUCAGACAGGUUCAAUCCAGUUGAUAUGUCUGCUGAGGUCUCCCCAAAGCUUUACUGUGCCUGGUUUUGCCCCUUUGCACAACGAGCAUGGAUUGCUUUGCUGGCAAAGGGCACAGAAUUUGAGUACAUAGAGCAAGAUCCUUACAACAAAACCCCAGAAUGGUUGGCCGUCAAUCCUCGUGGAAUGGUACCAGUCAUUGUGCAUAAUAAUAAAUCCGUUUAUGAAAGCUCAGUGUGUAUUGAGUACGUAGAUGAAGCCUGGCCUAGUGAACCAAGAUUGCUGCCUGAAGAUCCGUACGAGAGAGCACAUGCCAGAAUCUGGGGAGACUUCAUUAGCAAGAAGAUAGUGCCAUUAUUUUAUGCUCUUCUGAUGAAACAAGGUAAAGAUGAGCAAGAGGAAAUCAAACCUCAGUUGACAAGUCAUUUUCUCACCUUUACAAAAGCAAUGCAUCCUACAGGACCAUUCUUUCAGGGGGAAAAGCUUCUGUAUGUCGACAUCAUGCUAGCCCCUUAUGCUGCGAGGUUUAACAUUCUGAAGCACUAUCGAGGCUUUGAGUUGCCACAAAGCAGUGAGUUUGAAAGGUUCCACAAGUGGUGGGAAGCUGUCAAGAAUGAUCCUGCUGUAAAAAAUACCUUACAGGAUGAUGAAAAAUUAAUUGCCUCUUACAAAAGAUAUGCUGAUGGGAGUGCCAAAUCUCAAGUUGGUGAUGCUAUCAGGAAAGGUGGACCAAUGCCUUGACAUUGUUAAACAGUCCAUUUCUGAGCACCUUUUACUGUGUUUUUCAAAUUGAGCAGAAAUGUGAAGUCUUUGAUAGGAAAAUAAUGUUCUGUUCUUAUUUAAAUCAAACUUAUUUUUAUGUGAAAGGCAUUGCACUUUUCUUCAUUUAAUUUUUGAAAUUGAGGGGUUUGGAAUUCAGAAAUGGCCUUUUAAACCUUUUUUUUCUAAGGUGACCUUCAUACUGGAGGACUCUGAUUAAGUGCUUUGAAAAUAUCUAGAUUUUUUUGUGCACUUCUAAUAACUGUACGUGGUAAUGAUUUCAGGCAAUUUUUUGCUCAUAUGAGUUCCUUUUUGUUGAGGCAGGCUUUAUAUGAUGUUGGGGUCACAAGGAUAAAAGUGUGUUGCCACUAAAAAAGAAUGCUUCAAAAUUGAUUUUUCAGCCAAAGCACUAGUACUGCUAAUCUUUGUGUAGGGCCAUUUUAGUUUUUCUUCCUUUAUUUAGGUAUGUAGUACCUAAACAAUCUGCCAAAACAUAGCCAAAACAAUCUGUCUUGGUGUUGUGGAAACUGCAGUCAAAGGUUUUGGAGAAAAAAUACACAAAACUCAAUAUCUUUUUGUAACAUUUUGUGAAAUAAACAACCCACGACACAAAAGCAUCAAAGAGGUUUCAUUUGAAUGGUAACACCAUAGGGUUUCAUCAGGAGUUACUGUGCAAGUCAAAAACUGAGAACACCUUAGGUAACUGGCUUUUUUUCAUGAAAGGCAAUAACCCUUCAGAAAUAUUUCUGGUGUUCCCAGUAUCUGAGUUUCACAGUAAAAGGUCUGUCCUGAUGUGUUAGGGUAGACUUUCUCAAAGUCCUUCGCUUCUCGUUUCCAGUUCCGGUAGUAACCCCAGCGCGAUCGCUUUGCUGCCAAAAACAUAAAGAUUUCUAGCUUGUGCUUUGCACUCAAGAAAAAUUUUGAGCUCAACUUGUGGGCAAGUUUAGUGUCAGGGUAGUCUUUGCGGUUUUUGUACUGUUCAGGGCAACCUUUUUUUCUUUUAUUAGUAAGGUCAUUUUUACCACCAGAUCUUUUGCAAGUGUCGUUUACAGCCUUGUUCAUGAGAGGUUGUUUUUGGCAUUGAACAUUGAAUCUUGCAUCAACGAGUAGUAUAUCAUAACUGGGCUGGGCUGUAAGUAUCUAGGAGGAAAACAUUACUUUAAAAAGUCAUAAUUUCUUCCAAUAUUGUUUAAAGUAUGUUUUUUUUGUAUGUCUUAUGCAAUCAAAAUGUUUAGAGUAUUAAAUCUUGGGGAUUGGUGAAGGUUUUCAACCAAUGCCAAAAGCACCCUCUCACAUUACAUAGAUUGCAUCAUUUAUAUUUUUAAACAUGGUAUCAUUUCAAACUAACAAAAAAGAUUUACUCUUCCAUCGAGCCGUGUGUUACAUUGUAAAUCCUAGUAAAAAAUAAUACUAAAAUAAUCAUGAAGAAUUUAGCCAUUUUAGAAUGUAAUGUAGAAACACUAUUAUAUGAAAAAAAAAAAAGAUUCAAACCUUUUAUCAUUAAAGCACGAGCUUUGUUCAUGGACAAAACUAUUGGUAAAUUUAACUCAUUGACUUUAUUAAUUAUUUGUUUUAUUAAAAUCACUUAACACUGACGCAAGCAUGCAUGCAACUCACAAUUAAAGGGAAGAACUCGUUUUCCUCGGUUUGCAACCCCUUCCUGAGGAAAAUAAGGCAGUAACAACUUAUAGUCUGUGCUUUUUCUGGAAUAAAAUUAAUAUUUAACAAGGAUAUGCAAUGUCCAGUGUCCCAUGGUUUCUUAGUUUUGCUACUGGCAUGGGCACUUAGGAAAACUAGUUUUCAUUUCCCCCUGGUCUCUUUAUGUGUGCUAAGUUUCAAACAUCAAUUUCAAGAAAAGAAACUCAGUUUAACCACUCAUUUCAGUAGACAUGGGUGGGGAAUGCAUGACAAAGUAUGUGGGAGGGCUGGAAACACAGGAAAAAAUAACAGAUUCCCAUUUUUGGAUAUUUUAGGGUAUUUAAAGAAUACCCACAAAAAUCCCAAAUUUGGAAGAGUGAGACAAAUCCGUUAGUCCCUUGAACCAACCCUUAAGGGACCAACCCUGAACAGAGUGAAACGGUUUAAACCCUAAAAAUACCCAUAAGAAAUUUAUGGGAUUUUAUAGGUUUUUACCCUUAGGCAAUAAAAAAGGACAGAAACCAGUCAGCUUAUGAACAGAUGCCACAAAAACAAGUACUUAGAAAAAGUAUUCUAAUACUUUCACAUAUUACAAUACACCUAAAGAACAUCUAAAUAACAAAAAAAGAAAACAAGGCUUGGAACACAACUACUUACACUAAAAACAGAAGAUUGUAGUAAUAAAUAAUGUUUUCAUGCAUCAGGCCUCAGACCCAAGGCGACAAGACUGUUGAGAAUAUAAUCAUGUGGUAGAAAAAACUGGCAUAAUGUGUGCACAAUAGCUAACAAAUGUACUAAAUGCACUAACCUGAUUGAAUUUCAUCAGUGGCAGAUCCAGCCAAAGGGCCUUUUUACUUAUUUUUAGAUCAAACUGACUGCCCCUACCCCCCCGGGGGGGGACUCUCAUAUGAAAUAGACGGGGAUGCUUGUCGGAAAUUUUGAAUUUAACCCCUAAAGGAGACCAUCUGGGCGUGGCUCAAGCUUUUUGUGACCCCUAAAGGAGACCAAUCUGGGCGUGGCUUAAGCAAAUUUUGACGGCUAAAAGAAACCGCUUAAAAACACACAAAUACGACAUGCAAUGAGUUUUAAUGAUAUAAAGAUAUAAUCAUCAAAUGCUUUUAUCUAAAAGUAGUUUUUAAAAGCAUUGUCAUAAAUCUCAAGUUCUUCGCGGAACCCUAAACAAGACCUUGGCGGCUUAAAAUAUUAGCGCUUUGCCCGGAACACCCUAAGCGAGACCAAAAUCCAAAAUUUACUCCCCUAAGCGAGACGACAAGCAUCCCCGUCUGUUUCAUAUGGGAGUCCCCCCCCGGGCCCUACCCCCACCUAGCUCUUAUUUGAAGGUCUGGAUCUGCCACUGUUCAUUACAGAUUUUUACAUCAAAUUUUGGUAACAAAUGUAUCCCCAACCAAAAUGGGAUACAAGGACGACUUAAAUUACACAUUCUGUCAAGAGAAACCACUUAGAUCUUACAGCAUUACAAUGCUAAAACAACUGCUCAAGAAAUAAUAGCCCUGAAAUCUGACAAAAACGACGCGAUUAUUAAAGUGAGCAAUGUGGAAAGAAAUCAAUAAGGAAAGGAAAUAGAUUUUAGUACAUAAACACCAAUGAAAUACCAGGCGAGCUUUCACGCAAAAACACGAUAUCUUCACUCAUGAAAAUAACAUGUUAUCUUCACAUGAGAAAAGAUGACGAUUGGUAUGGCUACAUGAUCAAUUGCACAUUUUGAAGCAAAAACAUAUUUCACUGGUAUUUAAUUGGUGUUUAUAUAAUAAACUUGUUCACUCUUGAAAUAUUUUUUUACACUAUGAAGACAAAUGUUGUAUUUCUGUGCACCAUGUAAUAUGUAAUCUCUAUUACUCUACAUUUACUUUAAUUACUAACACUUGAUAAUUAUUGUCCUACUUGCUUUCAAAGAUUGUCAGACAAGCAGUGCAUACAAG